AUGUCUUCCCCUGAGCUGGUUUCUGCCUACGCCGCCCUCAUCCUCGCUGAUGAGGGUGUUGAGAUCACCGCCGACAAGCUGCAGACCAUCAUCAAGGCUAGCGGUAACGAGACCGAGCCCAUCUGGACCUCUCUGUUCGCCAAGGCUCUUGAGGGCAAGGACGUCAAGGAGCUCCUGACCAACGUCGGCUCUGGUGGUGGUGCCGCACCCGCUGCCGGUGGCGCCCCUGCCGCCGGUGGUGCUGCCGCCGCUGAGGAGACCAAGGAGGAGGCCAAGGCUGAGGAGAAGGAGGAGUCCGACGACGACAUGGGAUUCGGUCUUUUCGACUAA